CUUGAUGUCUGUCUACCACCUUCCUCUUCAUGACCGACCCGACAGCUCCAAAACGACGGAUCGUGGUCCUCAUAUCCGGCUCAGGAACGAAUCUCCAGGCUCUGAUUGAUGCUCAGAAUACCCCGGUGUUACCUGAUGUCGAGAUAUCUCUGGUGCUGUCGAAUCGUAAGGCGGCUUAUGGUCUGAUGAGGGCCGCAGAGGCAAAUCCACCAAUACGGACAGCAUAUCUGGCUCUGCAGCCUUACCUCAAGUCCAACCCGGGCAAGACACGGGACGACUACGACGCUGAGGUCGGGAAGAUCGUCCUCAAAGAGAAGCCUGACCUCGUCGUGCUCGCUGGCUGGAUGCACGUGUUCGGUGGUGGAUUCUUGGACUUGGUGUAUGGUGUUAAAUCCGUUGAGGGCGAGCAACCUGUAUCGUUGCCGAUCCCGGUGAUCAACCUCCAUCCUGCGCUGCCUGGAGAGUUCGAUGGUACCCAUGCAAUUGAGCGGGCGUACGAGGCAUUUGAGAGAGGAGAGAUCACCCGUUCUGGUGUCAUGGUGCAUAGGGUCGUGAAGGAUGUCGACCGGGGGGAGCCUUUGGUGGUGAGAGAGGUUGUUUUUAAGAAGGACGAGACCUUGGAAGCAUUCGAGGAGCGCUUACAUAAAGUCGAGUGGGAAAUCCUUGUCAAGGCGGCCAAGAAUGUAUUGCAUGAAGCAAAUCAAUCUAACAGCGAAAAUUGAGAGGGCUCUAAGACCUCCGCAGAAAUGUACUAACAUGCAUCCAUUUGAUGCUGUCGCCUACAAUAAUGUAGUCGCGGUUUGGAUACCAGAAUCCACUUUUUCGUUCUACCGUCUGCAAGUAGACAGACCAUGCCUUCCCAAAAAAAAAUUCGAGACUGGUGGC